GUCAUAAACCACAACAGCAACCUGCAACUCUAUAUAUAUACACACUUCUGCAGUAGUUCAGUAUACCUUGAACUGACUUCUGAACCUAACGAAACACCAUGUCUUCAUCAAUGUCUUAUAUCUUCUCCAUCCAUCAAAGUACUUCCCAAUCACCUUCCUGUAACUCGGUCUCUGCUUCACCAAUUCCCAGUACUCGGCCACGUUUGGCCUCGUUCCAAUGUACUCAUCUCCCAAAUUCAACAGCACCAACCGAGCAAGUACAGGGAUCAGCAUCACGUCAGCCAACGAGAACUCUUCCCCAGCUAAGGGUUUUCAGCUUCUCUUCAGUCUCGUAUGUCUCUUUCAGCUUCCUGUGGUAUGCACUGGCUAGAUCAGGAGAUUCAGCCAUCCGAGCUAUCAGAACCCGCCUUGUGAAUUUGGAGACUGGAAGGCGGUACUUCUCUGGGAUGCGGGAAAGCGUGAAGAACUUGGGGUUCCAUUGUUGUAUCUUCUUCAUCCAAUUAAUGACUUCCAUGUUGCUGAAUGCCAUGUCGUUGGCGCCUGUCGAGACAAAUGCAAUUCUUUCUAUGUACCUGCAAAAUUGCUCUUAGUAUUUAACAACUUAAACCAUAUGGUCGAUCAUUUCAGAAAAAAAACAUUUGAGGAAAGUAGUAGAUGACGUACUGGACUAUCUCGAUGGUGUCGAAGAUGAUGUGGGUUCCAUUUUGGAAGACGGGGAGCCUUGCACUUGGAUUCAUCCUGAAAAACGAUGCGUCUAGAUUCUUGGCAGUUAUGGGGUUAACAUGGUUUGAAGUGUAGUCGAUGCCCUUCUCUUCCAAUGCCAGUCGAACUUUCUGGCU